AUGUCAAUUGAAAAUCUCAAGUCCUACGACCCCUUCGCCGAAGCCGACGAAGACACCGGCGAGACCAAACAGUCUCAAAAUUAUAUCCAUAUUCGGAUCCAACAGCGCAAUGGACGAAAGACUUUGACCACCGUUCAGGGUCUCCCGAAGAAAUUCGACCAGAAGAAGAUUCUCAAGGUCAUCAAGAAGCAAUUUGCUUGCAAUGGCACCAUCGUAGCUGACAGCGAGAUGGGCGAGGUCAUCCAGCUCCAGGGUGACCAGCGCAAGGUCGUGCAAGAGUUCCUCAUCAACACCAAGGAGGGACUCGGGUUGGAUUCCAAGACCAUCAAGGUCCACGGUUUCUAA